AACAGAUCCCGAACCAAGAGGGCCCCAAGAUUCGAAGACUGUUCCAGUCUACUCCGGGUUUUUCCAGCUGUUUUUCUUGGCCAGAGGAUCACACCCAUUGGGAUGCAAUUAGGGAGCAGGAAGCAAGCGGAACAGUAAAGUCAGAUGAACUAGAGAAGAGGCAGAUGUUAAGGACACGAAGAAGGCAGCCCUGAGCAACCCAAACCCGAGAGAGAACACACCGGGGGGACAUCUUCCCAAGUGUGGGUUGUGCUGGGCAUGGUCAGGACCCGAAGACUAAGAACCAGAAUCCUUACUGUGGGCUACCUUCUUCUAGAGCUGGGCUAAAACCUAGGCACACAGCUGUUAACAUCUGGAUCCAGGACCAUGUCUGCCAACAAGGGCUGGUGGGUGCCACCCGACAGUGAGGACAGCCUGUCCGAGAAGUUCCUAAGGAAGACCAGGGAGUCUCCACUGGUCCCUGUAGGUGUCGGCGGCUGCCUGGUGAUAGCAGCGUACAGGAUUUACCGGCUGAAGGCUCGGGGUCCCACCAAGCUGUCCAUCCAUCUGAUUCAUACCAGAGUGGCAGCGCAGGCAUGUGCUGUGGGUGCCAUCAUGCUUGGUGCCGUGUAUACAAUGUACAGAGAUUACAUCAAGAGGGUGUCAGAGGAUCCUGACAAGUAGGACUCCUGGGCGGCACGAUGGCCCAGUCCCCCAGCUGUUUCUGUAUGUGCCUAAUAAAGCUAUGUUGAGGAAA